UCUGUUAAAAUAAUUAACUUUCUGAAAGUAAGGAAUGCGUCUUCUCUAAGUUAUAUGUAUAAUAUGCAUAACCAUAUAUAAGCAGGCAAGCAGAUGCUUGAUCUACUGCAAGUGAAAUAUGAUCCUUGUUGCCCUACAUUGAGAGCAGCUAUCACAAGUAUUAGGAAAAAAUUGUAAUUUUACAGUAAGAGGAAAUAUUCUCUAAUAUAAUUUCAUGCAAUAAAUAUUUAUUGAACGCCUGUCUGCAGUUUGUUAGGAAGUCCUUCCACGUACGGAGCCAAAAUUUGCCCUUCUCCAUUUUCUAAUCCACCCAUGCCAGGGCAGUCCUCUGAAGAUGAUUUGUAUAAGACACAUCUUCAAACAUUUCAAGAUGGCUUCAAGUCCUCCAAGCAUGCCUCAGAACAUUUGAGUCUUCACCUCAUUUGCCUUCUGGAAGCGCUCCAUUUCUGUCAGUGUGUUUCCUGAAUUGUGACUCCCAGAAGCAAACGUCACCUCCCUGUUCUUGAUGUAGUCUAGCCGGUACAGACACUACUGCUGCCAGUAUAGCCUCAGACGAUGCAGGACAGGAAUGCCAUACCUGUUGAUCAACACUGAGCUAUUGUCUCUAGCCCCAUCGUUCCCAUGCUGUCCUUAUGUGGUUAGACUUUUCUAAUCCUAGGUAAAGGAUUUCACAUUUAUUAGUAAAGUUCAGCUUAUUCUAUUCAGCCCAUCAUUCCAGCUUUUUGAGAUAUUUCUGGAUCCUGUUGUCUUACAUGGAGUAUGGUAAAAAAAAAAUUUGGAGUCAGGAAACAUGAGCUAGUAUCCCCAUCUUAAUCACUUAACUUAUAAGCAUUACCUACUUCUCAGGGUUGUUAUAAGGGACAUUUUUUAAGGUGUUAAAGAAAUGUGCCUUACAUAGUUCAGGUCAGUUAAACAUUUAUGUGCCUACUAUGUUAGAAACAAUUGGAAAUACUUCAGAGGAUCUGGGCUUUUGUCAAGGUGGGUAGUGGUGACAUUGAUAUCCUGCUGUAGUCCUACCACCACAAAGGUUUAAUUACCAUGACCAACUUGAUUAUGAGCUUGUCCACACUUAAAUCUAAUACCCACUAGGCCCACAAUCUUAAGCCUUUAUAGCUCUUGCCAGAACUCUUAUUCUGCCAGCUGCAUCUUCAAGAAUUCAAGGUCAUCUCCACACUAUGAUCGGGUAUUGAAGUUCUACUUGACUGGGGCUGCCAGAAAAAAAAAAGAAGAAAAUGCCCAUCCAUGCCCAAGGAUCAAAAAUCCUAUAAAGGGAAGAAGGGCAAGUAAUUAUGAUGCAAUAGAAUAUGAAGGAGGCAAGGAAGGGAUCCAGAAAAAGGGAGGGACAACACUGAUUAGGAAAGGGUUUUUGGAGGUGACACCUGAACUGAGUCUUGGAAGGUAAGUUUUUGACAGGGAGAGUGCAUUUUGGGCAUGGAUGUGUUGCAUGAACUAUAUAGAGGAUGACAAGUUCAGUAGUGGGAGAGGAGAUCUGGGACACUACCUUGCCUACAGCACAGAAUGCAUCAAGGGAGGGUGGUAAAGGCUGGCGAGGCAGGUGCACAGACAGCCUUAUGAUGGAAUCUGCAUCCCAUCUGAAAGGAGAAAAUGAUUGAUUUUGAGUGAUUGGCCGUUUUGUUAUGAGGAUGGCUGGAAAGGGGGUAGGGGACAGGGAACCUGGAGUAAGAAAAGCUAAGUUAGAUUAUUUCAUUCCAUGUAAGAGACAUGUACUAAAGUACAGGCAGAGUGAAUGGAGAGUGGGGUGGUGAGGGAUGCAAGAACCAGCUGGACUUUGACAUGAAUCUUUCCAGCAUGGGUAAUGAGGAGGUGCCAUUAACAGAAACAGGGCAGGCAGGUUCAUUAUUAAAGAUGGCUUCAGUUUUGGACAUGAUUAGGAUUGGGGCAGGAAUCCAAAGAAAUGUUCAGCAAGCAAAAUUGAAGAUAAGGGGCUAAUUCAAGGGCAAAAUUGGACCAGGUGUAUAUAUUGGGGAGUUACCUGCACAGAACUGACAAUCCAGAAUGGUAAGAUAAUUCAGAAUACUAGACAUGGGAAAGAAUCAAGCCCUAAUGGGCCCCAGUGGCUGUGGCACUAUAGUAGGUGCUAGUCACACUUAAGGGACAGGAUGAUGAGCCUACCAAGGAAUGGGAUCUGUUACUGGAGGAAAACCAGGAAAGCAGUGUCCCAAAAGCCAAGUAGAAAAGAUAAUAAAAGAGCCUGGAGUAGGCAAUGUAAAAAUUCAGAGUUGGAGGUGAUCAUAUCCUAAACGUCAUCAUCACUCAAUGACUGGCUGGAAGGAAGUUGUAAACGAGUUGGGGUUGAGUGGGAGAACUGAUGUGAAUUUGAUCUGAAGGCCAGGGUAAUUGGUCAUCAACGUGAAUACUGAAGGUCUCAACGAUGACAGGAAUAAGAACAGACAAAAAAACCUCAGCCAUAUGAAGUAAAUUAAGAAAGGGAAUAACCUGGAGGUCAGGAUGAAGUAACAGGAAGUUAAUGAAUUUCAAGAGGCAAGUCUGGCAUAGCAGUAUGCUGACUCCUGGUCCAAGAAGGAAAGGAGGGAGUGAAGGAGAUGAAGCGUUCCCAUUGGAAAAGAUAGCCAGGGACUUUCAGGAGAAAUCCAAAAGAUAGACAUUUAGGAGAUAAAGAAUGAAAGGGUGGUUGUUUACAAUAGAAGAGAGUUUGUGGACCUAGGAGGAGCUAGAAGGAUAGGCCUAGGGAUGAGUGCUGAGAGACCACUUGGGAAAGGAUAUUGGCUGGAUCAAAUGACAGGCCUUGCCCCUCCCUUCAGGAAGUAAAGUCCGUUGGGAACCAAGACUGGUUUUGCUCAGUCUGCUCUUUUUUCAGGCUCUUAUAAAUGCUCACUUGUGCUACGUUUCACGCAUGCUGAAGCAAGGAGCUGUUGAAAAGGAAUAAAAAUCCGAGACAUGUUAUAAUUUACUUUUCUUCUUAAACUGACUUACUUGAUGAGGCUUCCUUUCCCGAGUUUUACAUCAAAAGGAUUCUCUUACGGGCGCGAGAGGAGCGGGAACAGUUGUCAUGCUGAAGGGGACAAAGUCACGCCCUUACGCUGAACCCCUUGACGGAGGAUGGGGGUGGAUGAUAGUGUUCCAUUUCUUCCUGGUAAACAUGCUUCUAAUGGGACUGACCAAAACCUUUGCAAUUUUCUUCGUGGUUUUUCAAGAAGAAUUUGGUGGCACUUCAGAAGAGAUUGGCUGGAUUGGAUCUUUGUUGUCUUCGUUGCGCUUCAUUGCAGCUCCACUGGGUGCUGUGUUGUGUGAAAAGAUAGGGGAGAAGUCUACGUCCAUGCUCGGUGCCCUCCUUAUCUGCACUGGAUACUUGAUCAGCAGCUUGGCCACAGGCAUCUCCUUCCUCUGUAUAUCUAUGGGGCUUCUACCGGGUCUGGGCUCUGCUUGCAUGUACCAUGCAGCUUCUGUGAUAAUGGCUAAAUAUUUCAAAAAACGACUGGCUCUGUCGAUGGCUGUUGCUCGUUCAGGGAUGGGGCUGACAUUCCUGCUGGCACCUCUCACAAAAAUCCUGAUAGAUGAAUAUGACUGGCCAGGUACCCUUGUACUAUUUGGAGGGAUCUCACUGAAUUUAGUGCCCUCCAGUAUGCUCUUACGACCCAUCAGCAUCAAAAGAGAAGAGCACAUGGCUACCAGAAGUACAGAUGCAGAAAGUCCACCGGAAGUGCCAGCCGGCAAAGAUGGACAGCCGCCUUCCCCUGGAAACUGCUUAGUCAGCAAGGAUGAACCAACUGGUCAAGGGGCAGCAAUCUCAGGAUGCCAAGACAAUGACGAAGCAGUCUUCAGCAACAAGCCUCGAUUCUAUAAGCAGCUCAUCGACAACUCUCCAUUGAAGAACCCUUUAUUCUACAUAUUCACCUGGUGCAUGCUAUUCAGCCAGCUGGCAUAUUUCAUCCCUAUUUUCCAUCUGGUAGCAAGAGCUAAAACUCUGGGGAUCGACACCAUGGAUGCCUCCUAUUUAAUUUCAAUGGCUGGCAUGACAGAGACACUCAUGCAGCUACUGUCUGGAUGGGUUGCUGACCAAAACUGGAUCAAGAACUAUCAGUACUACAAGGCUUACCUCAUCCUCUGUGGCAUCACUAACCUGCUCGCUCCUUUAGCCACCACAUUUCCUCUACUCAUGACCUACUCCAUCUUCUUUGCCAUUUUCUGUGGCUGUUAUUUGGCAAUGAUGCUCCCUGUAAUGGCUGAUUUCACUGGGAACUCUACGCUAAACCGGUUUUUGGGGUUUGCUGCCUUUUUUGCUGGGCUGGUUAUUCUUUCUGGACCACCCAUAGCAGGCUGGCUACAUGACAACACCCAGACGUAUGCCUAUUCCUUUUUAUUUUCUGGGAUGUGCUAUCUGCUCUCAUCAGUUUCUCUGUUCUUUGUGCCCCUGGCCACAAGAUGGGCAAAGAGAUGGGCUGAGCAGCAGAGGACGACUUCAACCAAAUAGGAACAAAACAAAAGAUUCAAACGAAAGCCUGCAAUCACUAAUGCCCAGAAAAAACAAAACAAAACAAAAGAGAGAGAGAGAGAGAUCCCUGACCGGCAUUAAGAAAAAGUUAUCUCUAUUUAGCCAACGAAGAAGUUAAAACUAGACUUUCAAUUAAAAUUACAGUUUAAUCCCAGUGGUCUAAUCUAACCCAUGUCAGUGUGGACUGGUAUUCUGCCACCACCAGACAGCUCUAAAAUCAAUAGUCCUGUGGUUCAAAUAAGUGGUAAAUUAGCAGAAUUAGUCCAACAUAUGAUCCUAGAUUUUUCCAUUUUUAUUUAUACAUUGAUCUGCAAAAAGAUUUUAAUAUAUUUGUAAUUUGUUUCCAAAUCAUUUGAAGCAUCUUUUUUCUUCCUGUAAAGCACUAUUAUUUUCCCACAAAGCUAAUCAAGAGAACCACUAUCCUAGCUUGAAUUCAGGGUGUUUCUUUGGAACCAGAAUAGUGGUUUAAUUUCUUUGUGGCACACACAUUCUAGCUUGAUGU